AUGAUAAAUGUAGGAUUCCGCAAUAUAAAGACUCUUCCCCCUGCCGACGAAGAAGGAAAGUCAAACGAUGCCACGCCAUCUCCUCCUGUCAUGGAGCUUUCCGAUCCAGAUGUCGAAAACAAUCCCGCCCUCGUCUACUUUCUCUCCGCUCUCAAAGAUGACGCCAAAGUGGAAGAAGUACUUGAGCCUUAUGAAGGCACAAAGAUGAAGACGGUGGAGGCGGAGAUGCAGUUUGCGAAGAAGUGGGAAUGUCCAUAG